AUGGCUCGAAAGCUAUCUGAAGCAUACACGUCCUCUAAUACUAUCUCGAUAAACCUCACCCAGUUACUAUCUCGCCUGGAAAGCAACAUACUAUCGCCUUCAGCAGACCUAAAGCCCUUACUACGAUCGCAAUAUCACAGAGCUCGCGUUGGAGCUAAUAUCGAAUAUGGCCGCAAUCUACUCCUCCAGCUCGAGCGAAGCUCAUCAGACAUAAAACACCCCCAACGCAAACAAAUCGUUCAAUCGGACCUUUCACAAAAGAGACAGCAGCUUAAGAUCCUUCGACAAAGAUUAGAUGACUUGGGCACCCAAGCGCACGCUCGCGCAACAGCAGUGGCUAAUACAGCAACCCCUGACUUCCUAGCGGAUGGAGACACCCACUCGUCAGAAGAUGAAGAGGAUAUCCUCCCCACGCCGCAAGACAGUGUCACUCCUGAAAACAUAUCUUCACGAGCAUCGACCAGUUCCACGAACAUAAAAGAUGAGCCCAAGCAGAUAGAGGCACAAGAGUGCUCUAUAAUAUCCGAUACAAGCCAGAGCUCUACGAUUCCCACACCACCAUCUUCCUCAUACAGUUCUGCGCCCGCUCACAGCGAGCCAUUCAGCUCAAAUACACUACGCAACCGAAACACCAUCCCAACAGCAGUGCACACACCCGCUGAGACAACACUCCACCCUACCACAGCCACACUGUCAACAGGCACUUUCUCGCCUUCCGUACACCCGUCCGCACCCCCCUCCCCAUUUAAACCAGUCCCCAACCCUCACGUCCGCCCCCACAGCCUUUCAAGGACAGACUCAAGGUCAAGAGAUCUAGAUCCAGAAGCUUCACUGGCACGCGACCGCCAAGAACAGGAGUCCCUGACUGAUUCCCUGCUCACGCUGGCCCAGCAACUAAAAGCCUCAACGCAUACGUUUAAUACAACGCUAGAGUCUGAGAAGUCAAUUAUAGACCGUGCGGUAGAAGGACUGGAUCGGAACACCACUGGUUUGGAAUCAGCGGGGCAGAAAAUGGGGAUGCUUAGACGAAUGAGUGAGGGCAGAGGGUGGUGGGGUCGUAUGUUGAUGUAUUUAUGGAUAUUCGGGUUGUGGAUUCUGGCGAUAAUGAUUGUCUAUGUCGGACCAAAGCUGCGGUUUUGA